CAUUUUUAAAAUUUCUGUGAUAUAUUAGUCCAGUGAUCUCAAUAAUACUAAAGUGAUUACUGAUUUGUGUUUGUUUGUGGGCCUUUUUUAGAUGGACAACUGAUCUGAAUAAACAUGCCGUGACAACCAAAAGGAUUCGGAUUGGAAAUGUGAGGGCGUUCUUGAAAUUUCUGAUUGAUGCACAACUUCCAGAGGUCAGAGCCUCCCGUAAGGCUUUAAAGUGGACUUUAUUUGCACUUCAGUCAGAGAUGAAGAAGAGCAGGAGGGAGUUACAAACCCACAGGCAAGACAUCCGGAUCAAAAAAUCACAAAUGCUUGUAGAUCCUGCCCACAUCACUGAUUUUAUCAAGAAAGCCACCACACACAUCCCUGAAGCACUUGUCGAGCUUGAGAAAAAUCCCACAACUGAGAACCUAGACUGGUUCUAUGGUCUUCUGGCUGGAUUUGUCAUCUGUACAACUGGGCACAGAAGAGGCGUCAUAUCAAAUAUGACAGUUGAGGAAGUUGGCACUGCUGAAGCGGAUGGUGAUGGCCGGCGGAUAAUCAGAGUAAAAGAGCACAAGACCAAAGAAACAUUUGGCCAUGCACUUGUUCCCCUAACGAAAGACGAAUACAUAUGGUUUCACCGCUUUGUGUACCACCGCCACAGAUACCCUGGUGGAUCAUCACAAUUGAUUUUUGCCAACACCAAUGGAGGACCUUAUUCUAAAAUGCUGACAUCAUUUCAAGAUGCAUGGAGGAAGUUUGGUAUCCCAGGAAAACCAACCUUCUCUAUGAUUAGGAGCAGCAUCAGCACUUUUAGUGGGCGAUCCUUGGGAACCCAAAGCAAGGUACAAGUCCACCGGAUGAUGUGCUAUUCUGAUGCAACUGCAGCGAGAUUUUAUGAGGCAGAUUUAAACUUUGACGAAGCCUUCAAGUGCCGCAACAAUGCUGCAAAAGCACUUGCUGUGAAGAGUAGAAUCAGAGACUCUGAGGAAUCUACAACCUCAGAAGACAAUGAAGAUGUGUUGCAGAGAAGAUAUUCUGGACUGAAGAAAAGAAAGUCUAGCCAAAAUGCCACAAGACGAGAAAUUGUGAAAAAGAAGACCAAACAGCAUGCAAACACCAUUGACACAGACAGCAGCAAAGAUGAACGUAACAAUGAAGUCAGGAAAAUCAUUGACCUGACAGCAGGAAACACAUCUGGAAAACACCCACAUAAACAGAGUGGCAGGGGAAGAGGAGAAGUGAGGGUAGAAGAAGACACAACAGGUGAAGAAGAUAUGCCAGGGAUGGUGACUACAGAGAGUAGUGAAGGUGAAGAUUAUGAUGAUAACUGUGAACACACUGACCUUACAGCAGCAGGUACAUUGGGAUCCACCAAAGGUAAAGAUAAUGCUAAAGAAAAAGGAAAAGCCACAAAGGACACAGGACACUUGUAUAGUCGUACUCAAUUUCUUAAAAAGAAGUUUAAAUGUUGGGAACAUCCUAAAAUUAUCUCAGAAAAAAUUGCAAUCCAAACACAAAUACAAAAAGUUGUUAGACCGAAGGAAACAACUGAGGGUGUGAACCAAACACAGACGGAGACAAGAGAUGAAGACAAUGAAGCCUUGAGGCCAGAAAGCUUGAGUGAAAAUGAAAACAGUAUACAAACAGUGACUACAGAUAAUGAAGAAGACAAAGCUGAAGAUGAAAAUGGUCCCUUGGUGAACACAACAGACAUAGACCAAGAUGCUUCCACUGGACUAGUGAGAAGAACUACAGAAAAAAUAAAAGGAAUGAGCACAGAGGACAUAGGCAGAAAUAAACAUGGACCACAGACAAAGACGACAACCGAGGAAAACUGCAAUUUGAGAUCAGAGGGAACAACAGAGGAAGGAAUGAGAACACAGACAGAGACUACAGAAAAAGACAAAGCAGUCAGCACAGAGGACACAGGCAUAAAGGAACAGGGACCACAGACAGCAGGAGUUACAACAGAGGAAGGAAUGACAACACAGACAGAGACUACAGAACAAGAGAAAGGAUUGAGCACAAAUGACAUAGCUGAAGAUGAAAAUGGGCAACACACAGUGACUACAGGUAAAGACAAAGCACUGAGCACAGGGGACACAAACAUAAAGGAACAGGGACCACAGAUGGAGACAAUGGUGGUGGUGCUGCAGGCGACGGUGUGGAAAACACAGGUGGUGAUGCUACAGGCGACGGCGAUGGCUGGAGCAGUUCCUAGGACCCUCCAGCAGAUGCAGAAGACGGCUGAGGCAAUCCCUUGGACUCUCCAGCAGAUGCAGAAGAGAGCUGAAGCGAUCCCUCGGGCCCUCCAGCGGAGGCAGACGGCUGGAUGGGCCCCUCCAACCCUCCAGCGGAGACAGACGCAGAACCAAAAAGUACAGGGACCUCAGGCAGACACAGAGAGGAACCAGCAGGUGCAGGGACCUCUGGCAGAUACAGAGCAGAACCAGCAGGUGCAGGGACCUCUGGCAAGCACAAAACAGAACCAGUAG